AAGCCUUAUAUUUAUACAUACAUACAUAAAAAACGAUCACACUUCAUUCAAAAACUCACGAUAAACAUUCAUACUCAAACUAUCAGUCAGUCAGUUUGACGCAAAGCGAGCGUGCGCGCGCAUUCCAAAAAAAAACACAAGAUGGCGUCCACACAGAUUAAAUAUUGCAUUAUUAUUUUAACAAUUUUCAACUUUAAACUGUCAAAAGCUAAUGAAAAUAACUUUUUAACGCUUUUGGAAGAAAAGUUUGAGAAUAAAUUGAGUGAUUUAAGUUUUUUCGCUGCGAAAUGGUUGGAGAAUUUUAAUGAUAAACAUUUGGGCGAGAGUGAAAUAGGCAGGUUGUUGCAUUACAAGGAUUUGAAACCUAAGAUUGCAAGUGAAGCUAGGGAUGGUAAGAGUAUGAAGAAGAUGGGCAUGGCGAUGCUCCCGCUGGUGUUCCACGUGGGAGCCACUUCCACCUGGAUGAUGCUCACCAGUCUCAUGGCUGCCAAGUCCGUAGCCAUCGGACUAGCUCUACUGGUGUUCAAGAUCGCUGUCAGCUCGGCAAAGGUGGCAUCGUUUUUCACCACGCUCAAAGCUAAGCACAAUCACCAUGAGUACUCCUGGUCACCACCAAUGGAACACCAUGGCUAUGACCGGAGUUUUUCUGAAGCCGGUUCCUACUACUCAGACUGGAAUUCCUACUCUCCUGAAAUCAGCAACACGCCCCCUACUUACAAGACUAUACCGACAUAUAAGAGCCACGAGCCCUAUGAAGUGGCAGAGUACAUCGACGAACCUAAGCCACAUAGCUGAGGAACAUCACUUUAUAACAACUGUGCUAUUGGGUAGAUUAGUUUUUAAUUUAUGAUCGUGGAUUUGAUUCCCGCUUGUAUGAACGAUUUACAUAACAAAUCUAAUGCCCGAAUACUCAAAUGCUACUCAAUUUUAAGACGCUCUCAAGUGUAGUUCUGUCACUAUAAUUUUUUUAUAAAAUGACAGAGAUAGCACGAUAUUUAAGUACAACUUAAAAUUGAGUAGCAUUUGAGUAUUCGGGCGUAAGUGUGAUGUUUUAUAAUAGCUAUCGUAAGACAUACUAAAUUAACUAAAACUCACGGUUUACUCACGUAAAUUAAUGGAGAA